AUGAAUGUAAAGUAUAACUCAUCAAAGGACGAACGCAACAUUUCACAAUUAGUUGAGUUGAUCACGUGUAAUGCUAAUAGUUCGGAGAAUGUGAAAAAGAAUUUACCCAACAUUGAAAGAUCGAUCAUUGAAAUAAACGAAGGUAAAUAUGAGAUUAAGAAGAAUAUAGUUCACAACCUCAUCCCGGUUGGCAUUGUAGACUACGAACCAAGCACUAAAAUGGUACACGAGUUUACCGAGAACGAAAUUCGAAUGUGGGCCAAAUACUUUAGCACAAGGAAGUACAAAAUCGAUGUAGGAGAUCUUCAGGAAAUGCUUGCCGUGAUCGAUCGAGCAGUAGUGCUCAAAAGAGGUUUCAAUCUUCGCGAUACUCAAAAACUAGCUGUGCUGACUUUAUUGGCAAAUGACCGCAGUAUCUUGGCCCAAGUUUCCACAGGAGAAGGUAAAUCAUUGAUCGUAGUGGCAGCUGCCAUAAUGAAAGCAUUGUUCGGGGAGAAAGUCGACAUAGUAACUAGCUCUUCAGUUCUGGCUAAGCGUGAUGCAGAAAAUCACAAUGAUAUCUACAGCUUGUUCGGUAUCACCGUUUCACAUAAUUGUAGUGAAGAUACAGAGAAACGUAGAGAAGCUUAUGUGCUAUGCCAAGUACUGUAUGGCGAUCUGGGAAGUUUCCAACGAGAUUAUCUGUUGGAUCGAUUUUAUGGGAAAAAUAUACUCGGAGAUCGUGACUUCUCGAACGUGAUUGUGGACGAGGUCGACAGUAUGCUUGUCGACAAAGGAAAUAAUAUGCUGUACCUAUCGCAUGAUAUACCUUGGAUGGACAAGCUGGAAUCGGUAUAUCUCUUCAUUUGGCAGCAGAUCAAUUGCCUUGAAGAGAUCGACAAUGAAAUUUACGAUGAUACAAAAUAUAUAGAAGAGGCAGUCUUGAACGAUUUGUAUGGAAUUAUUAGGGAGGAAGAUAUUGCGAAAAUUGACGUGAACCUUAAUGAUCGCGAUCAUAAAGUAGUACUGUCCCGGUUGGUAAAUGCGAAGAUUUUAGAUGAACGAGGCAGGUUGUUGAUAGAAUCCGUAGACGAAUUGAAGCUUAGAAAAUCAUUGAAACCAGAAUUCUCGAGAUACGCCGAUCGUAUAAGCUUUCUUCUACAAGCAACCAUUGAAAGAAAAAGAUUAAUACUGGUCCCGAAUCAUCUUCGAUCGUUUGUUGAAAGACAUCUGAAGCAGUGGAUAAAAAGUGCUAUAACUGCAUUCUUUAUGAAUCCGGGACAUGACUAUGUGGUGGACGUGGACAGAACAGGUACGAGCUCGGAUCGUAAUGCCAAUAUCAUUAUUUUAGACAAAGAUACGGGAACGGAUCAAGCGAACUCGCAAUGGGAUGAAGCGUUGCAUCAAUUUUUGCAAUUGAAGCAUGGCUGUAAGCUGUCUAUGCUCAGCCUGAAGGCCGUGUUUAUUUCAAACGUUUCCUAUUUCAAACUUCAUCGAAAGUUGUGUGGCUUAACGGGUACAUUAGGAUCCGAGACAGAGCGAAACUUACUUCGUGACAUACACGAUGUUGAUUUCGUGACGAUUCCUACUUCGCGCGCGAAACAAUUUCAUGAAGAACUGCCAAUAGUCUGUUGUGGGAGAGAAGAAUGGAUAAAUAGCGUAUGUAAACAGGCUCAUUUCGUAACUGAUGAGCAAAAGCGAUCGGUUUUGAUUAUUUGUGAAACAGUGAAAGAUGCUAAGGACCUUCAAAAAUCUUUAGGAGAUACAGGAACCGUGAACGUCCAUAGUUACAUGCGGGAUUACGACCCGUUUACAGUGGUAAAGGAAGGCAGACAGCUUGAUCAGUGCCAAGUGAUUAUAGCAACGAACUUGGCAGGUCGUGGUACCGAUAUACAACUCACAAACGCGUUGAGAAAUGUCGGAGGACUAUACGUAUUAUUAACAUACCUUCCGGGCAACCAGCGGAUUGAGGAACAAGCGUUUGGAAGAGCAGCUCGUAGUGGCGAUAAGGGCUCUGGUCAGUUAAUUAUUAUCCAUUCAAGAGGAAUGGAAUACAGUAAUGCCAAAGUAUUACGCCUUAAGAAAGAACGCGACAUUGAAGAGGCAUUACGCGUUUCAGAAAUUAAAUCGAACUACAAGAAUCGAAUCAUUGCGGAAGAGAGUUGUUUUAAAGAGUUUCAGUACCUGUAUGAAGGGAAAAGGAAGGAACUUAAGGAUGCGAAAGUUCCAGAUGAAGUGAUAAAAAUCUUACUCGCAAGCUGUUUGGAUAAGUGGGCGUAUUGGUUAGAUGAACAAAACAAAACCAUAAUUCUUGAUCAAGGAGAUAGUCUUAAAAACCAGUUCAAAAGAUCAUUGGAUCAGUUCACGUCUAUGUUACAUGAUUUAAGUCCAGGAACCGCAGAUACCAGAUUGCAUGAUUACGAUACAAGUGCAUGGCUUCCUUGGGUUGAUGGGAAUCCAGCACAAAUGAUAGAGCUUGCAAAACUACUCUGCCAAAAAUCGUAUUGGCGUUCUUUUUCGCUUGGAUAUAACCAUCGGUAUGAGAAUAGCUUAAAAUUAUUCAACAAUGUUAUACAGAGUGAGCCACAAUUUUCGGAGGCAGCGCACUACUACAAAGCUUUUGCGUUAGCCAUCAAUGGCGACACCACAGAUAAGACUUUGCUACGACAAUUCAAGCAAGAAUUGCGAUCAGCAGCAAAACUUUUUGAAAAACACAGUAUAUUAGCAAUAAGUGCAGCCACUAUCGUUGGGAAGUUGAUCGAGAAUUACGAAGAAGGGAACAAACGUAUAGAAAAUGGCUACGAAAAACAGAAGCGGAGCAUAAUUGAUAUUUAUUCUACAUUCAUACGUUCUAUAGAUGAUAUGCUUGGUACACCUGUUACUUCACAAUCAUUCGUAAAUCAUGAUAUAGACGAUCAUUUGGCCGCAUACUUAAUACAGAAUCUUCUGCAAAUCGGUAUAAUGACAAAUAUGAAAAUGAAAACGAAAAAUAUUUCCAUGGCAACACUCAAACAAACCGUGAAAGACCUUCCAUGCACAAUUUCCGUUAACAAGUUGGAAAAGUUUUUAUCGAAUUACGAAAAAACUAUAAAUGAAAAGGAAUUUGCCAAGGCUUUAAAAAAAGAGAUAGAAAUACCACGAAGGGAACAAUUUUGGAAGAUACUAACCCAACAAGGAGCGUUACAGAAUGUUGUAAGCUAUGUUAUUGUAGAUCAUGAACGAAUAAAGGCCGUAGAUCCGUCAAUGCUAGACUUUAUACAAGAAAAAAUUAAUAACAACACGUUGAAAAAGCAAACCAUAGCUAGCACCGACGAGCGCAUUAUGCUUUACGUAGAGUACAUUAUUAACCAUGCUGAAAAAGAAACCAUGUAUGAAGAAAUCAAAGUGCAGGCUAAAGAUAAGAGCGAAGAACUCGUGUUUGUGAAAGAGGAGUUCAUUGCUGUUGUAGUGGUUGCGAUCGGAUUGGCUCAGAUUGCCAUCGGUGGUAUAAUAGAAUUGUACUUUGCUGGUUUUAUGGCACACGUUGGAGCUGCAUUUAUCAAUGAAGGGGUCAACGACCUAAUGUAUGCAGUAGGAGCCCUCAAGUCAGGAUAUUUUAGUUGGCAAGAGUACGGAAAACAUAAAUUUCAGAGCGUAAUUACAACCGUUGUCUCCGUGGGAGUGGCAGGAUUUCUUUCCAGGGGAGUCAAAGUGUCACGUUAUGGACGUAAACUGGCUGAAUCUGGUUAUAAAUGUACAGGACUAGAAGUGGCCAACGCCUCUGGCAAACGACUGAUAGAGACCGUUGGGUGUAAAAUUGCGUCGAAGGAAGUCGCCAAACGGAUUGCUCUGAAAUCAGCGGAAAGUAUUGUUUUUGGCAUAACAAAUUCGAUGGCGGACGCUGCAAUAGAAAAUUAUCUUCAAAAUGUGUGUGAUAACAUAGGAAACAGAUUUAUAACCAAAGCAAUGAAAGCCGCAGAUGAUCAUAGCAUUUCAAAUCGCUUGAAAGAAGUAUACGAUACAUUAGGAGUUUCCAAGGCAAAACAAAUGAUGGACGAGAUUACAAACAGCGCUUUCAGCGAACAUAAUAUUUUUGAAACCUAUGGUCCCAUGGCGAGCAAGGUCCAGGCUGCCGUAGUUCAAGGGUUUGCGCAAGGCAUUGCGAAGCAAAAUUCCCAUGGGAAAACGAACGAGCAAACAAAAGAGUAUCACGAUAAAUUGCUAAAAUUAUAUCGAAAAACCAGAAACUCAACGUUUGUUGCAGCAAUCAUUUUAGAAAACAUACCAAUGGACUUGACAUGCGUAAAAGCCUGUUCUUUUGUACUUCCACGUGUCCUUAAGAACUUAGGAAUCAAUGCAGGGGGAUUAGAACUUACAGUCGUGGGAGAAAACGGUAUGGAACAAACGUUUUGUUCCGCUUCCAAUGAAAAGAUUAAGCAAAAAGUCACGUUGACGCUGAAGGAUAACCACUAUACAAUUUGUAAAGGUGGAUCCCAAGAUCGGCCAUCAGGUACUGAUAUUGGUAUUAAUGAUUGUUUGUUUACGGCACUAUCACAUCAAUUUCCUGAAUUGCGAAAAUUGGGAGCAAAGCGAUUUAGGGAAUUGAUAGCACAAUCAAUUAUGGAAGAACCUGAACUAAAGCAUCACAUUCGGAAAGGCUAUCAUAACCUUCCAAUAAAACAGGGAGCAUACGGUGGUCGUCGCAAAACCGAGGUUAUAGAAGAAUCCUCAUCGACCUCAGACUUUGACCAUAUUGAGGGGGAUGAUGGACGUCCAGGAAAAGCAAACGAUACAUUGACCUAA